UGGAGUCCCACACUUCUCCCUCUCUCUCUCUCUCUCUCUCUCUCGCUCUCUCUUCUCCUCGCGAAAAAAAGCGCACUAAAUGUAAUAACAACUCUCCACGCGCUUCUUCCCUGACGCUUCUGUUGUUUUUACGCACAUCUGCGGUCUGCUCACGGCAGAUUUUAUCGGCAGGUCUCAUGGUGUUGGUCCGGCGCUGGCUGAACACAGACACAAACUGUGAGGAAGAGGAGAAAGACAGGCAGGAGGAGGAGGAGGAACAACUCUGGCAGCGCCGUUUUGGAGUUGGAGUUGCUGCGUAAAAAAAAAAAAAAAAAAGUCAGAGGCAACUCUAGAGGCAACAUCUGCAAGUUUGAAGGAGAAGAGGACAAAGACACAAGACGAAUCUUUUUUUUUCCCCACUUGAAGAUAAAAAAAGUGAAGAAUCAAGAGAGGGAAUCAACCAGGAAGAACCAUCCCGUCUCCAUGAGGUGUUGAGGAAUGAACAAUCGCCAUGGAAACCCAGUCCCAGGCCAGUUCAGCAGCUGAGAAGAAGAAGAGGGUGGAGACCAUUGUGGCGACCAAGGGCUCAUCAGUGCGCAAUGACAUCAGCGAGAAGGCGGUGGCGUCGAGCACCACCUCAAACGAGGACGAGAGUUCAGGCACGCCUUACCACCGCGAGAGACGCAAUGCCAUCAGCUCCCAGGCCCCGACGAGGGGCGACAGGACCAUAAGCGAGGAGCCGUCCACCUCCACAGAGGAGCGUCCCUCUCUGCUCAAGAAGGAGCUGCAUAGUUCCCUUCCUCACCUGGCUGAGCAUGCCCUGCCAUACAGAGGCACUCUGUUCGCCAUGGACCCCCGCAACGGCUACCUAGAUUCACAUUACGCUGCGCCACAGUUCUUCCCGACCUUCCAUCCUCCUGUGCCAAUCGAUGACAGACACACACAGGGACGUUACAUCUACGAGCCCUCCCCUGUGCCCCCUCUUCAUGUGCCUCCUUCACUGGCAGGCAGUCCAGCUUUCUCCGACAUCUCCCUCAUCCGGAUCUCGCCCCAGCGGAACCCCUCUGUGGGGGCGGAGUCGCCCUUUCACCCUCCGCACCCCUACAUGAACCCCUACAUGGACUACAUCCGCUCGCUCCACAGCAGCUCCUCCAUCCCUGUUCUGUCGGCCGCACGGGGCCUCAGUCCUGCAGAUGCCCCUCACACAGGUCUCACCACAGCUGAGUACUACCACCAGAUGGCUCUGCUUGCGGGCCACCGUAGCCCCUAUGCGACUGACCUACUCCCCUCAGUGGCGUCCACAGCCGGGGCCAGCAGCGCCAGCGCCCUGCACAUGGAGUACCUGCAGGCCAUGGAGAAUUCUCGUUUCUCAAGCCCAAGGCUGCCAUCGAGGCCCAGUAGGAAGCGGCCUCUGCCCAUCUCCCCGCUCUCUGAGCACAGCUUCGACCUGCAGACCAUGAUCCGAAACUCGCCCAAUUCCCUCGUCACGAUGCUGAACAACUCGCGCUCCAGCUCCUCCACCAGCGGCUCCUACGGUCACCUCUCUGCUGGAGCCAUCAGCCCAGCGUUAAGCUUUGCCUACCCUCCAACCCCGGUGGCUCUGCAUGUGCACCAGCAACUCAUGGGCCGCCAACCAGGGCUUGUGGGUUCUGCCUUCGGCCACAGCCCACCCCUCAUCCACCCAUCGCCGGCCUUCGCCACCCAGAGGCCCGUACCCAGCAUCCCUACUUCCGGGCUCAGUGCCAGCGAGCGCUCAGCCCUCUCCAACGACUCCUCACAGACGAAACCAACAAGUGAGUCUGCAGUGAGCAGCACUGGAGACCCCAUGCACCACAAACGAUCCAAAAUGAAACCAGAGGAAGAGUUGCCAAGUCCAGGAGCAUUGAGCGUACAGGACCAUCCUGAUGGGAUGACCCUGGUGAAAGAAGAAGGGGACAAAGAUGAGAACAAACAGGAGCCAGAGGUGAUUUACGAGACAAACUGCCACUGGGAGAACUGUUGCCGCGAGUUCGACACGCAGGAGCAGCUAGUACAACACAUCAACAAUGACCACAUCCACGGGGAGAAGAAGGAGUUUGUAUGUCGAUGGGAGGAAUGUUCUCGAGAGCAGAAGCCCUUCAAGGCGCAGUACAUGCUUGUGGUUCACAUGCGCAGGCAUACUGGGGAAAAACCCCACAAGUGCACGUUUGAGGGCUGUGCCAAGGCCUACUCCCGUCUGGAAAACCUGAAGACUCACUUACGCUCCCACACUGGAGAAAAACCUUACGUGUGUGAACACGAAGGCUGCAACAAGGCCUUUUCUAAUGCCUCAGAUCGGGCCAAGCAUCAGAACCGCACACACUCAAACGAGAAACCGUAUGUGUGCAAAAUCCCGGGCUGCACCAAACGCUACACAGACCCUAGCUCCUUACGCAAGCAUGUGAAGACGGUUCACGGACCAGAGGCGCACGUUACAAAGAAGCAGCGUGGUGAUUACCCGCGGCCUCCGCCCCAAUCCAGGGAGCCUGGGGGUAACGGCCAGGGACGGUCCCCAGGGCAACUGCCCCUGGGUGGGUACACAGACCAAAGGGAGUACAACCAUGCUACCUCAAAACAGGAUGAAUGUCUGCAGGUCAAGUCUAUCAAGACAGAGAAGCCCAUGGCGUCUCAGCCAAGCCCUGGCGGUCAGUCUACAUGCAGCAGUGACCAGUCCCCCGUCAGCGCCUAUCCCAGCAGUGGAGUCCAGCUUGCUGUGAGCGCCGGACGCUCACCAGGGGAGGGGCUGGAGGAGAACGAGGAGAGAGAGGACAUCGAAGAGGAUUGUGAGGAGGAGUGCGAGGGUGUGCCGGCCCCCAUUAUGGACUCCACAGUCUCCACAGCAACAACAGCAAUGCUGACCCUGCAGGCUAGGCGAAGUGUUGGCCGCCCCGUGCGCUGGAUGGAGCAUAUCAAGAUGGAGAGGCUGAAGCAGGUGAAUGGAGGGCUGCCCAGGACGGGGACCCUGUCCCCUACACCACCCCCAAAAGGCUCCAUACUACCCACCAUCUUGGGGAAGGGAUCCUGUCUGGGCAAGCAGUUGGGGGUGUCUGCUCCUCAGCCACCUGCUCAUGCUGAGCUGGGCAGCACAGAGCUAACAGUUCUAAAUUUACUCAGAGACCGGCGUGACAGCAGCGGUAGCAACACUAGUUCAGCCUACCUGAGCAGCAGUCGGCGCUCUUCUGGCAUCUCCCCCUGCUUCUCCAGCCGACGCUCCAGCCAGGCGUCCCAGAACGAGGGCAUGUUGACGGCAGCCCAACACCGUCGCCGCCACAACCUCAGCUCCACUGACUCGUAUGACCCCAUCUCUACUGAUGCCUCCCGCCGGUCCAGCGAGGCGAGCCAUUAUGGUGGAGGGACAGGAGGAGGGGUUGGAUUGAUACCUUCAACUGGGAGCUGUGGAGGUGUAGGAGGAGUAGGUGCAGCAGGGUCACGGGGGAUGCUCACCUUAACCCCAGCACAGCACUACCACCUUAAAGCCAAGUAUGCAGCAGCAACUGGAGGCCCACCUCCCACACCUCUACCCAACAUGGAGCGCAUGAGCUUGAAGACACGCAUGGCCAUGAUGGAUGAGGGAGGUAUUAACCAGCCUUUGCCGCCCCUUGUUAGGCCGCAUCGCUGUAGUGAUGGCAUAAACGGGUACACCAAUGGGUACAUGGGACAUUCAGGUUACAGGAGGAGGGUCCUCCUCCCUGGUGAGGGGCCACUAAAUGGGAACCGGAGGGCCAGUGACCCAGUGCGGACGCAGGCUCCUGAUAUUUGCAGUCUGCCCCCAGUGCAACGCUUCAACAGCCUUAACAACCUCCACCCUCUUCCACCUCUGUCUCAUUAUUCUACCGCUGAAACUCGCAACUUGAGCCUCCAGAACUACACCCGCUCCGAGGGCAACCUGCAAAGAGGUCUGCAGCACUCACCUUACACUCCUAGCAUCGCAGAACACGCUGCCUUAGAAGCCCUGGCCAUGGAGGAUGAGGGCGAUGCUGCUCUGUUUGGGGAUGAGGAUAUACUACCAGAUGACUUGGUGCAGUAUCUCCACUCCCAGGUUCAGGCUGAUGGUGGCUCCUACAUGCACAUUGAGGACCAAAUAGCUUCUAGCCAAAGGGUCAACUCCCAUCCAUGUAUGGAGGAGACAGAACAGAUCCAGACUGGGUUGAAUAUGGCCUUACCCGGGUCCCAUUGUCUCCAGCAGCAGCAGCAGCAACAACAUAUGGUAGAGCGGACAAGCCCAAGUAAGCUCCCAAUCCAGUGGAAUGAAGUGAGUUCUGGGAGUGCUGACAGGUCUCCUCAGAAGGAACAAAACCACCAAACACAGUGUGGGCGGUGGUCAGGUACUGAACAUGGACCAACAUCUGCGCCUUUUGGGAGGUUUGGAAACAUGGUUGUCCAGCAGCAAGCUUCCCUGGAUUUCCAGAACAGUUGUGCCCAGACUAAUCAGUCUCAAAGUUCUUGUCGAGUCAACCCUGGGGCAAAGCUAGAGACAUCACCGAAAUCCUGCAUGGAGAUGAGAGGUACCGAUCACAACCCAACAAACAACUUUGGAAGGCCAAACUUCACACAGUUCAACAAUGGGCCUCCGCAUGGAUUCAAACAGCAGGCCUCUUAUGGACCUCAAAAACAGAGCCACUUCCCGCAGAACCACAACAGUAGCACCUCUUGCCAGGUUGGAAACAAUCUAGUUCUUACAAGAGCCUCUAUGGACCACCUUCCCAGCCUCUCCCAGGGAACUGUUCCUCAUCACAACCGGCAGGUCCAUGUCCCUCGUCCACCAAACGGUUACAGGCACUCGGUCAAGGCCCAGCAGUAUCUCAAUCCUGAGCACUCCGGUGAAAUCCAGGGCAGUCUGAACCAGCAGCAGCAGCAACAACUUCAGAGGAAUGGUGACCAUUUCUCCCUUGCACAUCAGGUAUCUGGGCUAAAACUGGAGGCCCCAGACCACGAAUACCUAGAGCAGGGCUUCGGUGACUGCCUCUCUUACCAACCAGUGGAUCAAAAGCCCUCCUCGUACCCUGUUCUGGAGGAGCAGUGCUUACUGGACUCAGUGGCUGAGUCAGUUGGACAAGGUAGUGGCAGUGGAAGCGGGAACUCUGUUGCCCUUCUCUCCCCCGGUUCAGACCAGGUGACAAGCACGGUGGACGGCAAUGCACCUGUUGGAUUAGACGAGGGGGUUAGUCUGGACUUCAGUGCCAUGCUAGAGGAUGGCUUCGACCAGGGCAGCCUGGUCUCAGGGGUGUUGAGUCCCUCCAUCUUCCAAGGUCUGUCCAGAACCUCGUCGCGUCUGACCACCCCUCGAGCAUCUGCAACCUUCCACAGUGUGGCCCCCGGUCUGAACAACAUGGCCAUCGGAGACAUGAGCUCUCUCCUCACCACACUCGCUGAAGAGAGCAAGUUCCUGGCGAUCAUGCAGUAGCUGCUCGCUUGUCCUCAGUUUUCUCCCCCCUUCAGAAAACAGGAAAAAAGAAAGAGAAAAACUCUGGUGUAUGUGAAGAUAAAGACCAAAGUGUCAAUUAUUAGAACUAUAUUAUUAAAGUGUUGAGGAACAGGCAGUUGCCAAGCCCAUCUAUUUUGUAAAAAAUGUCAUCCCACACAGGAAUGGGAUGUGUCCAAAAUAUGUACAGAUAAAUAGUUUGGUUCCUUUUCUGGAAUGUAGGCUAUUUUUGGAAGCUCUUCUCUUUGUAUUACUUGGCAAGGUGAACAAAAGUUUACUUCUUUGAAACAGUAUUCUGUGUGUUGUCACUGUUUUUUGCUGUACACACUGAUGGUUAAAAAUGCAUGUAUUCAAGGUUAAACACGAACACCGUCUGCAGAAGUUCACAGACUAGCCCAUGUGCCAAGUAUGGACCAUUCUGACCCCACAGGUACCAAUCCAUUCUUCUUACAGCAGGUCAAGCUUGGGUCUCUAAUUUAAAAACAAGGCCCCCGAUGGCAUCUUUAUUAUAGAUCAUACGUUUUAACACACGGUGGACUUUAAUCUGUUGUCAUUUGGUUUGUGUUAAUUUUGUGAAUCUGUAAAUGUUCCAGUGCUUCUAACACGUUUUGCCAAGUGGUGUUUUAGUAACUGCAGUAUGGUAUCGAGUCCAAAACAGUGGACACAUCAUCCAAGUCUUGGAGGCAUCUAGAUAGUUGUCUACUUGAUAUCUAAAUGGCUUAAUUUAGUUAGGUACUCUCAAGUGUAUAUAACAGUGUUUUUAUAUUCUGUUUGUGAUAAUCUGAUUAUUGACGUUGGAUUGCACGGUUUCUGGAGCGGAUAUGAAAACUAACAUUUUCUCCUUGAUGAUCAAAGGUCCCAUUUGGUGCUUUAUGUAUGCUUACAUAAAUAGAUAUGAAUACUUCAUGUUUUUAAUCUGUCUUAAUAGCCAGCAGUGGUCCACCGCACAUGAAUUUCCCUCUCAUGGUUAUAAAUGCUGUAAAGUGAUGUGUUUUUUUUUAAUCAUAGGAAAUCAUCUGUGUUGUUUUCUCCAAAGCUCUUAAAUUGAGAAUGUGCACUGCCAUCAAGUAUUGCAGUGACUUUGUCAACAGUGUUAGUCUUUGCCUUGCAGUCGUACGUGACUGAACACAAGAUAAUGAGUAGUUUACCUUUUAUUCAGCGUCAGAACAAUGAGAUACAAAUUGGUUGUUCUUUGGUACUUUUGUCAUUUUUGUAGCCGUGCAUUGAUGGUGUUUUUUUUUCUUUCAAAAAGUAGAAAUCAUUUCCUUUUGAAGGAAGGAAAUAACAUAGAGGGAUGUGCCUUAUAAGUAUCUGCCUGACGGUAAAGAGAAAGAUCACUGCCAAUCUUCCAUUGUGAAUUAUGAAAAAGAGAAACAUUUAAUGUGUCUGUUAAGACCAGAAAAAGAUAAAAUAGAACAUUUAUAUAAGAAAAGUCUGAAUAUCAGAAAAGUUAAGAUUUGCGAAAUGCAUUCUACUUUUCUUUAAUUUUGUUGUUUUUUUAUGUUUUCACAUUUAUUGUGCUUUUUUUUAUAUAUAAUGUGUAAAUACAAUACUCCUUCUGUAGGUUUAGCCGAGGAAAUGGGAAGUGUCCUGGGGCCAAUAAAGAAUUGACUUUGAAAAGCAGGGAUUCCCGGGCCCUGGGCAGAGGCCAGACAGAUCUGGCUCCGAGCGGAGCUUCAAGGGCCCAGCACUGCCCUCCGCCAGAAGAGCCACUUUGCUCUUUUAUAACUGACUACAAAUGUUUGUAUGGUUUUAAUAAAAAUGGAAAUUAUAA